AUUAGAAAUUGCCUCAAGAAUAUAGCUGUUACCUUACAAUUUGAAGGCGCAAGAGAUCUUUUUAAGCUUCAUACGAAAGACGUUAUUGAAAAACUAAAGGUAUGUUUAUCUAUAUAACUCCAACGCGUAAAGGCGAUCAAUAAGAAGGAGAAUAUGCAUAUCAAAGUAUUCAACUGUUCAAUCAUCGUUUGAAUAUGCAAAAAGUUGCCCUAAGAACAAUUAGUUUAUACAUAGGUGAUCAUCUUUAAAUCAGAAAAUAUACACAAAACAAAAUAUGCUAGUACAGAAGUCGAGAUUUUUGGUAUCUCGUUGGAUAGAGGAAUUUUGUAGAUGGAAAUUGCGAACUGAAGAUUAUGUACAGUUUUAGAACAAACCAGGAGCAGUUGGGAAAAAUACAACUAUAGGGCCUCUGGUAGGAAUCGAACCCGCAACUGAGCUGCAGGGUCCAGUUGUCGAGCUCUGACUGGGUGAUGCCAGUAUACGGUAUAGCCUAUGGGUAAAUAUCGAGCUUAUUCGCCUAAUGGAAAACAGGCUUACCAUGCCCCUUAUUUUUUGUUCAGGAAAGUCAUACAUCAUGGACAAGUCACUCCUCAUCCCGAUUGUUGUUUAAUACGCUGCUUUUGAAUGCGGGUCCAGUCGUUGGAACAUUACUUUCAGAUAUCGUACCCAUGUUCACAGUUUGCCUUAAUCCAGAAAAAGACCCGGAAUUAAGACUGAAGUAAGUUUGGUCACAUUUCUCAACACUAGUGGUGUUCGAGGCACAACUGUUCAAUGCAUAUGCCUUUCAGAUCUGUGACCGGGAUGUAAUUCAUGCCACAUCGGUCGCAUGUGAGUAGAAAGCUUUUAAACUGGCUGUAUCAAAUAUCGCAGACUUUUUCCAGACCAAUAAAGAAUACGGUCCUUAUUGUUUUAUCAUCCUUCAGCAACAUUGGGCCACCUACCCACCCCUACCACCUACCUAAUAAGUGAUACCCACCUACCUUUCUACCCACCUACUUAAUUCCUGCCCAUCUGCCUCCCUACCUAAUAAGGGAUACCAACCUACGUUCCUACCCACCUAACUCCUUACCCACCUCCCUACCUUCCCACCCACCUACUUCCCUACUUAAUAAGAGAUACCCACCUUCCUUCCUACCUCCCUACCUAGUAAGAGAUAUUCACCUCCCUACCUAAGGGAUACUCACCUCCCUAUAUAAUAAAGGAUACCCACCUACCUCCUUCCCUUCCCAUACACACCCAUCUACCUCCCUCCCCACUUAAAAAGGGAUAGAAUCUCUUACUGGACCUUCAUGGAGAACAGUUUAGAACUGCAUGAUAUGAGGAACUGGUAGAACAAUCCAGUCUGAAUAAAGUUAGUAUAAAUUUUGGGCACUCCGGUUUCCUCUUCUGCAGUAACAAUGGAAGACUUUGCCCUAUUAACGCCUUGGGCCCUCAUUCCCAGCUUUGGCUACUUCUCAGAAAGCUAACACAUCUUCUCACAACUGGUGUUUAGGUUUUUCUCGUUGCUAUCAAAACUAUCAGUGGACUCGGCCAACACCAUCAACUCCACAAGCGAGUUUCCACAGCAUUCCCGGACAGUUCUCGUUGAUUGUAUAAUACCAAAUCUUGUGUGGAGAGCUGGAAGGUAUGUUAGGACUCCCUCAGACCAAGUGACUUGACUUAGACUCACACCAAGUCACUUGAAUUAGACUCAGACCAAAUAACUUAUGACCUGACUUGGAUUCAGACCAAAUGACUUGUGACUUGACUUGGACUCAAACCAAAUGAUUUGACUUGGACUCAGACCAAAUGAUUUGUGAUUUGACUUGGAUUCAGACCAAAUGAUUUGUGAUUUGACUUGGAUUCAGACCAAAUGAUUUGUGAUUUGACUUGGAUUCAGACCAAAUGACUUAUGACCUGACUUGGAUUCAGACUAAAUGAUUUGUGACUUGACUUGGACUCAGACCAAAUGAUUUGUGAUUUGACUUGGAUUCAGACCAAAUGAUUUGUGAUUUGACUUGGAUUCAGACCAAAUGAUUUGUGAUUUGACUUGGAUUCAGACCAAAUGACUUAUGACCUGACUUGGAUUCAGACUAAAUGAUUUGUGACUUGACUUGGACUCAGACCAAAUGAUUUGUGAUUUGACUUGGAUUCAGACCAAAUGAUUUGUGAUUUGACUUGGAUUCAGACCAAAUGAUUUGUGAUUUGACUUGGAUUCAGACCAAAUGACUUAUGACCUGACUUGGAUUCAGACUAAAUGAUUUGUGACUUGACUUGGACUCAGACCAAAUGAUUUGUGAUUUGACUUGGAUUCAGACCAAAUGAUUUGUGAUUUGACUUGGAUUCAGACCAAAUGAUUUGUGAUUUGACUUGGAUUCAGACCAAAUGACUUAUGACCUGACUUGGAUUCAGACUAAAUGAUUUGUGACUUGACUUGGACUCAGACCAAAUGAUUUGUGAUUUGACUUGGAUUCAGACCAAAUGAUUUGUGAUUUGACUUGGAUUCAGACCAAAUGAUUUGUGAUUUGACUUGGAUUCAGACCAAAUGACUUAUGACCUGACUUGGAUUCAGACUAAAUGAUUUGUGACUUGACUUGGACUCAGACCAAAUGAUUUGUGAUUUGACUUGGAUUCAGACCAAAUGAUUUGUGAUUUGACUUGGAUUCAGACCAAAUGAUUUGUGACUUGACUUGGACUCAGACCAAAUGAUUUGUGAUUUGACUUGGACUCAGACCAAAUGAUUUGACUUGGACUCAGACCAAAUGAUUUGCGAUUUGACAUGGAUUCAGACCAAAUGAUUUGUGAUUUGACUUGGAUUCAGACCAAAUGAUUUGUGAUUUGACUCGGACUCAGACCAAAUGAUUUGUGACUUAACUUGGACUCGGACCAAGUGACUUGUGAUUUAACUUGGACUCAGACCAAAUGAUUUGUGAUUUGACUUGGAUUCAGACCAAAUAUUUGUGACUUGACUUGGACUCAGACCAAAUGACCUGACUUGGAUUCAAACCAAAUGAUUUGUGAUUUGACUCGGACUCAGACCAAAUAUUUGUGACUUGACUUGGAUUCGGACCAAAUGACUUGUGAUUUAACUCGGACUCGGACCAAAUGAUUUGUGACUUGACUUAGAUUCAGACCAAAUGUUUGUGGCAUAAACUGUCUGGAUUACAAACCUUAAAUCAUUAUCCAUGAUAUAUUUGUAUUAACAUGACUGUUGUAAUUGAUUCUCACUAGGGUAGCCAUUGCCAUACGUACGGCCGCAAUAUCUACUUUAUGGGCAAUACUUCAUGCUGACCUGUUACCUGUCGAGACUUGCAAUAGCACAUUGAAAGAUCUCUUGACACAGGUAACUACACUCGCUUGUAUUAUGAUCUAAAUAUUCAAUCAGAUACCGUUUAACCAAAAGGUAAUUUUGUAUCGGGUUGGUUAGACAAAGCAAAACUGUUCAUUUCUUGUUCAUUUUUUUAUCAUGCAGAUUAUCUCGUGUCUGGAUGACCACAGCGCCACAACGAGGUCAAUUACCUCUCAAGUUUUAGAGAAAUUAUUGACGCUUUGCAAAGAUCAUUAUAACG